AAGCAAAACACAUAGAACCUUUUGGUGUGCAGAGUCACAUCCUCUGUGUGCGAGGAGCAGCGAGACGCAAUGUGGAUUUUUCUUUUUCCCCUCGCGCUCGCGUGGCUGUCUACAACCCGAGCUUCCGAAUACUGUGAGAAUGUCUUGAACGUGUGUCAGGGAGGCGACAUCUCAUGGACCAAGUGCUAUGAGGACCGGAUAGCAAGCUGUGUUGUAAAACGCCGCUCAUCGAGCUUCAUCUAUCGGAGGGUGAACUGGACGUAUGAGGAGGAACAGAGUCCAACUGCAGACCACAGGUUCCUAAUCUCCUCCUCAGCCCUCCUCACAAGCAGAGGAGCCGUGUCUGAGAGCGAGGUGCUGCUGGUGGCCACGGUGAUCCACAGCACUUAUUUUAAGCCGGACCCUCCCCCUCGCAGCAGACACUCAACGGUACACAGGCCCAGUCAAAGCACAGUUCUGGGGGGCUCUGUCCUUGCAGUAAGGGCGGGGAACUAUCCUGUCAGCGACCUCUCACAAGCCAUCAAACUAGGCUUCAAACACGACAAACAGGUGGACGGAGCUUGUGUGUUUUGGGCGGAGUCACAGCUUGAAAAUGGAACAGGUUAUUGGAGCACAGAAGGCUGUGAUACCAACCGCACUGAAAGUGAAUUUAUUUGCACCUGCAACCACCUGAGCUUCUUUGCUGUGCUUGUGAACCCUGUGUUAACAGUGGAUGAAAGACAUGCUGUGAACCUCACCUAUAUCACCUACAUUGGAUCAGCACUCUCCAUCUUCUUCGUGGUCAUCAGCUUGAUCAUCUAUAUACGUCUGCAGCGUCGACGUCCCGAGAAAGCUGUCGGCUUGCAUUUGCAGCUGACCGGAGCGCUGCUCUGCCUCCACCUCAGCUUCCUUCUGUGCUGCUUCUGGGUGUGGCAUCUGAACGAGGAAGAGGAGGACUGGGUUUGCCGGGGUCUGGGUCUCCUUUUGCACUGGUCCCUGAUGGCCACCUUCACCUGGACGGCUCUGGAGGGGUUCCACCUCUACCUUCUCCUCGUCCGAGUCUUCAACAUCUACGUCAGGAGAUACCUGCUCAAACUCAGCUUGGUGGGAUGGGGUCUCCCAACACUGAUUGCAGUGGUCUGUGGGAUUUCAGGUGUUUAUGGUAGAUACAGGCCUGAACUGACGGACGCCAACAACCGCAGCUCCGCCGCUGAGAUAUGCUGGAUGAGCAGCCACAGGCUUCCGGUCAGCUUCGUCACGACCGUGGCCUUCCCGUCCCUGGUGAUACUGGGCAAUUCCUGCAUGCUGGGGGUGGUGGUCUUCAAGCUCUCGGUGCUGAGGGCGAGUGGUUUCGGCGCGGAAAGCGGCGGUGGCUCAAAGAAGAUGUCCAGAGAGCAAUGGGUGAAGUUAUGGAAGGACGGUGCCACGGUGCUGGGCCUUAGCGUCGUGCUGGGUUUACCUUGGGGGCUAGCGAGCACCACCUACGUCUCCCUCGCAGGGAUCUACGUGUUCACGAUACUAAACUCCCUACAGGGUCUAUUCAUGUUCCUGUGGUCCUUGGCGUUGUCCGGCAAGUCCCGAUCCGACCACUCCUCUGUCAAAGACCCUUCAUCGCAGAAAAUGAUGACUACCAGUUUCAAUAACUGAUAUUCGCAGGGACAAGUGUAUCAGCGGUUGCCUAUGUUAGGUGCUUACGGGCCUUUGGACUCCAGCCAAAUGCGGAAAACUCACAAUAACUUCUUUAAAUCAAUCCAGAACAUUAACAUCUUUUUACUGUUGGGACAAUUCAAGCAAAUCAAGCUUAUGGUUACAUUGAUGUUAGUCAAUGGGCAACCAAGAAUCAAAAAGAAUUAUGCAAUAACCUGUGUGCGUAUGUGCUUCUGUGGGUGAGUGAGCAUCAUAAAAAGUGUGUCGGUGUUAAAUUGAACACACGUCCUGCUAAAUCUAUCUGGUUGAAAGACUUUCUUCCAACUAGCUACUGCUAAUUUAAGUAACAAAGUCAACUUGGCCGGAAAGAAAAGUGGGCGCAUGUUAAUAAGAUUCAUUUUUGACUUUU